UGUUAAUCCAAUUAAUUCUUUUUCGUCUUUUUUUCUUCUUUUACUGUCAAGUGACGAGUUCGGUCAAUGUCGGGAAAUCUCGAUUCAAAUGUAGUUAUGAAUAAUUCAAUUCAAAUUCAUAUAAAUAAACCUGAUUCAAAAAUGAUUUGGCUUCAUAUCCUAGCAUUUUAACUAUUUCGGUUUCACUUUAACAGAUACAUACAAUUUUUGUAGUGACUAAAAAUAAUAAGGAAAUCCCGGAAAAUUCCUGUAUUUGUCAUAAGGGGUAUGGUCUGUGGAGCUGGGAUAAAAAUACAUUUUGACAGUUGACACAUAUUUCUUGUGGAAAAUCAAUAUAUUAUCAUCGCUUUAAGUAAAUUUCCCGAUGAUUUUCCUAAAUAAGUCUAGUUUUUUGGGGUGAGUCGUUAGAUGUAUUUGUGUACAACGUGAAAAUGAAAUGGGGGGCCACACUUUGGAUUUAUUGUGCCCUUAUAGUAUUUUGCGCCUUGUGGGGUGUAACUUCUGCAUUAGGUAACCCUUACCAAAUAUUAGGGGUACACCAGAGGGCUUCCCAACCGGAAAUAAGGAAAGCCUACAAGCAGCUAGUUAAAGAAUGGCAUCCUGACAAAUCUAACGAUCCAAAUGCAGAAGAAAGAUUUGUUGAAAUAAAGCAGGCGUAUGAGCUACUGUCUGAUCCUGAUAGAAGACAGCGGUACGACAUACACGGGAUAACUGAAGAUGAUUUUUACAAGAAACCAAAUUACGCCCCCCUUCAUACCAAUCACCCCUUCGAAGAUUUGUUCGCCCAGCACGGGGCGCAUUUUAACUUUCAGGAGAAUGAUAUUACGUUUUUCCAUAAGCUGUCUAUAACUACGAGGCAAUACGACAAAAUAGUAGUACCCAAAAGCAGGAAAACUCCCUACCUGAUUUUUUUCUACACCGACUGGUGCUUUCAAUGCAUCCAAACGGCUCCGUAUUGUCGCAAACUUGUCGACUAUCUGGAACCGUUGGGGGUGAAUUUCGCCACCGUUCAUUCAGGUAGGGAGAAAAAUUUGGGUAGGAGGUUGAGUAUACAUACGUUGCCGUGCUUGGUGUUGUUAUUGGACGGCGAUAUUUUCGUUUACAAGGAGACCAUUACCAGUAUACAAAGGAUAAUAGAAUUUAUAAGAAACAAAAUGCCAUAUAAAUUAGUGACUAAAGUGAAUUCGGACGACGUAGAUGACUUCUUAAACGGCUGGGACGACAAUAGAGUUAGAGGUCUCAUUUUCGAGCCCAGGAGUACAAUCAGAUUGAGAUAUUUGGUCACUGCCUAUCAUUUUAGACAUAGGGUAGCUUUCGCAUUCGUGGAUUCGCACGAGCUUAGAAGUAGAUAUCAAGUGCCGCACGACAUGGAUACGGUGUUGCUGUUCAACGAGAACACUUCGUACCCGAUGGCCAGCGUUUCAAUGAAAGACAUUCCUACGCCUACUUUGCAACACAUCAUUUCAUCCAAUCAGUACCUUUCAUUGCCCAGACUGUCGUCUCAAGAAGUUUUAGAGUCUUUGUGCCCGGAGGAAUGGAACAAGCCGAGGAAAAAAUUGUGCGUGCUUCUAGUGAUAUCUUCAUCGCACGUUUUUCAUCCAUAUCGACAAUCAUUCAUGUAUUUUUCGCAACAAUCGCCGUACAGCGUCGAAAAAGUUCGAUUCGUUUACGUCUACUACGACAAACAGCCAGAGUUCGUUAAUUCCUUGGUGCCGGAAGGUGAGAUUAUCCAACCGUUGUUAAGACUCGUUGUGCUAUGGCGAAGGGACAUGUCCCACGUCAGGUACGAAUGGGUGCCAGGAAAAUGGGACGCCGACAAGAAUUUCAGCGAUACUACCUCAGCGUUAGAAAAAACUAUCACUAGAUUGUUGAAACCUAGCGAAACUUUACCGAACGAGGCGUCUGUUAAGGAUUUGGUAGACGAACACGCCAGAGGUCUGAUGGGCAGGAUAUACACCAGGGUUAUUCAAUUCAUAGAGACCACUUACGAAGGAAUGACCAGGGAUCAGAUUUUAGCGCUUUUUUCGAUUUUAGGAACGAUUUUGUUCAUCUUAGGCAUUGGAUAUUUUAUGGCGUAUUUAGUUCGCAUUGAAGAGGAGAGCAUCCAAAAACACAAGGCCAAAACGAGUAACAAUAACAACGACGGCAUCAAUUCGUCCUACCAGCCGGAAUUGCGUUUGCACGAGAUGCGUUCGGAGAGCUACAACGCCUUGGUUCGAUUACUGAAACCGGGCUGCAGGACGAUCGUGUUGGUGUUGGACAUGCAGUCCAGACAACAACUGAUACCGCCCUUCCAUAAGGCCGUCUGGCCUUAUAGAAAGAACAAAACGUUGAUGUUCUCAUACAUAUACAUUGAAAGGGGCCUUAAAUGGUACAAAGAGCUGCUGCAGCUCUCUCUGCCAGACGAUAGAGAUCUGAACAUUAAUCCGAGAAAUUGCGUGGGUACGGUACUGGCCAUAAACGGUCACCGAAAGUAUUUCUGUGUGUUCCACGCCAAACACAUGGAAAGAAAGAAGAAGAAAAAGUUGAAAAACGGACCAACGACCACCGCUGCAACGGAGUUCGACUGCGAGAGCGGCGCCUUCAUAGGCUUCAACUCUGACAGCUCGGAAUCCGAUGAUUCGAUUCUGCUCCAAGGAACGCUCCUCGACGGCUUCUCAAAUUGGUUGGACCGGCUGUUCGAGGGCACCACCCAACGAUUCCACGUCAACUAUUGGCCCGAAUUCCCCAUAAAGUAGACAGGUCAUCGCAUCUCGCAUCUGGUUCAUCGUUGCGCCGGCAGGCAAUUUAAAAGCUUUGAAGGGAAAGGUGUUUUUGAGGUUUAGACACACAAAAUGAUUGGUUGGUUAGUUAGUUGGUUGAUUGUCCCGAGUUUGUUGUUGGAGAUUUUUUAUAUUUGUCAUUUUGUUGAUGAGCUUUUAUUUUCGGGUACAGUUUGAUCUCACCAUUAUAUAUGUCGGAUGUCACACUUCAGUUGUCGGUUGUCAAAUGGGAAAUGUUUGAAUUAGUUCGGUUGGAUCAAACUGUGUUUUAUUUUAAUGUUUAUAGGAAGAUUUAUCAAAUUUUUACAUUGUGUAGAGAUCGCUAGGUUUAGAUUUAGUUUUAAUAUUAUUGUUUUUAAAUCAGAAACCUUUACAAGUUCCAUUUAACUAUGCUUUUCGGUUGAAUGUAUAUAUAUUUUAAAGUUUUUUUUUUAUAGAUUGCGGAAAGCGAUGUGUCAGACUUCAUUUUCUUCGUCUGUCAAACGUCGAUUUUUGGUAGUCAUGUUUUUAGACGAGUUUGACAGUCGGCGAACAGGUUUGUGAUAAUAUUCAUCAUCAAAAUUUGAUAUAUAUACAUAUAUAAUAGCAAAUCGAAAUUUUAUGAGUUUUGUAAAUUGAAUGGCACACUAUCGAUUGCAGUUUUUUUAAAUAUCUACAUACACAUAUUCGUAGUCUAUUGAUAAAAUGGAUAAUAAGCCGCAACAUUCAAGGUAAGAGUCACUAGGAGCCAAAUAUGGUGCCUAAAGUGGAUGGUAUAGCUAUUUCUGGUAUUCUCGCAAGUUAUGCGUUAUAUAGUUUUAAAAAAAUAUGCAGUUGUUGCUUAUGAAAUAAUUUUCAAAUAAAAAUGAACGAGACAUUUUUUGCUAGUGAGCUGUACGAUUUACAAAAAGAAAUGUAUUCUAAAAUAAAGUUAAAACAAUAUCUUGGCCUUCCUAAAAAUUUUAUACAUAGCGCUUGCAAAAUAAAAUAUCCAAAAAACCGCGUUAAAUAAACUAAUUUCUCUUAUAUUGUUGAACCAAAUCUUUCUCUAUUGAUAACUCUUGAAAAUAUGAACUGAAUUAUUCAAAGUUAAUUUUCUAGUCAAACCGUAGAUAUAUACAAGAAGAACAUUGAUUAGUAGAUAGGUAUUUAUAAAAAUAAAUUUAAUCGUAGGAUAAAGAUAAACGAAUCACUUUCAUAUUGAAAAUUUUUCAUCCAAUGGAUUGUUAGUUAAAAAAUGAAAAAAAUAUACAAAUUCGAAACCAUGCACGCACGCUCUGUAGUUGAAAGAAAAAAUACGAAAUUUUAUUUGUCUUCGUAAUAAAAAUUAUGGACCAAAUGACAUCUCAGUACUAUGAUUUUUUAUCUGAGAGAAAAAGUUAGGUUAGUUUUUUUAAUAAAUUUCUUACAUAAGUGUGUUGUUGUUAAUUAUUGUACUAUAAUGCGAAUAUUUCCUUUUUGGAUGAUUUAUAUUUGUAUUUUAGAAUGUUAAUAGCAUUUAAAAGUUGUAUUUGUUCUCUCAACGGCGAGUCUUUUAUGCAGUUUGGUACAUGAUGGUUUUUUUUGUAGGUAAAUGAAAUUCGUUUUUUAAAUCAUAAUUUUUGGUGCUUGCUAACUGUUUUGGCAUAUUUUUAAUUUUGUUUUAUAACUAUAUGCCUCCGUUUUAGUGGAAAUAGUGCAACCAUUUAUACAGUUUUUU